AGAUUCUGGGUUUCUCUCCAGUUAGCAAAUUCUAAUAAUUUGUAUAAGGUGCCAUCUUUUCCAUUUUCUCUGUUAUGGGUGUUGGAUUUAAUUUGGAAUUAUCAUGAUUAAAUAGCCUUCUUUUGCUGCUGUUAUUCCUAAACCCUAGGUUCUAGUUUCAGCUGAGCUGCGAGUUCCCAUCGAUAAUAACCAUCCAUCCCCUUCUUUUUUGUGAAAUAUAUUUCCGUGAUGGGUGUUGUUUUACUUAAAUUGCCACUCUGGGUUCUGCUAGUAUUUUCUUUUGUAUUCAUCUCCAUGGGAUAUGAACCUGUAGACAAUUACCUGAUAGAUUGUGGAUCACCCACCAACACAUCGGUGAUGACUCGUGUUUUCUCUGCUGAUAACUCCCAAUACCUUACGACCCAACUGGAUAUUAUGGCCAACAAUUCGAAUUCCAUCUCUUCUACCAUCGGUUCACCUCUCUAUCAAACAGCCAGAAUCUUUAAUGGAAAAACUUCUUACAACUUUCCAAUCCGCAAACAAGGGCGGCACUGGAUACGCCUCUACUUCUUCCCGUUUCAAUACCAGAACUACAACAUGAGUGUGGCAACCUUCUCAGUUACCACCCAAAAUUUUGUCCUCCUCAGUAAUCUCAACCCACUAAAUGGUUCUGUGAUGAAGGAGUACUCCCUGAACGUGACUUCAGACAACCUCGCCCUCACCUUCACCCCGGCCGACCAUUCCUUUGCCUUCUUAAAUGCCUUAGAAGUUGUUUCGGUCCCUGAUACCCUGAUCUCCGAUAAUGCCCAAACUGUUAAUCAUUUUGGGGGAUUUCAAGGUCUGUUGAAUGAAACCUUAGAGACGGUCUGGAGGGUGAAUAUGGGUGGACCAUUGGUCACAGCCCAGAAUGACACCCUUGGGAGAACUUGGGUUCCUGAUCAGAACUUUCUACUGAACCAGAAUCUCGCCCAGUCUAUAUCUGGGAUUGUCCAUUAUGUGCAAGGUGCCCCCACCAGUGACAUUGCUCCUGAUACUGUUUAUGGCACCGCCACAGAGAUGAACUCAGCAAAUUCAAUCAACCCCAAUUUCAAUGUGACAUGGAAGUUCAAAUUGGACACUGGUUUUCAGCAUCUGAUUCGAUUUCACUUCUGUGAUAUAGUGAGUAAGACACUCAAUCAGCUCUACUUCAAUGUCUAUGUUAAUAGUUGGGUUGUUGCUCCAGAUCUUGAUCUCAGUCUUCUGACAAGUAAUACCUUGGCUGCUCCAUAUUAUAUGGACUUUGUUCUGGGGCCGAGUAAUAGUCCCGUGCUCUUUGUAAGUGUUGGGCCUUCUACUACUGUUACUACUGUUACCCCAAAUGCCAUUUUAAAUGGGCUGGAGGUCAUGAAAAUUAGCGAUUCUAGGGGCAGCCUUGAUGGUGCAGCCUCUAUCUCACAGAAUGGUUCAAAGAAGAAGCUUGGUUUGAUUGUGGGUGUGGUUCUUGGGGUGUUUGUUGCAGUGGUCUUGGUUGCAGUUCUCUUCUUAAUAUUGUGCAGAAGCCGACGACAGUCACCUGAUCACCCUUCAAAAUCAUGGGUUCCUUUCUCCUUCAAUGGAGGAGGGAAUACUCACUCAACGAUGAGUAAAUUCGGUAAUGAAACUACAACUAGUGCCACCUCAUUACAUGGUUUCUGCUUUCCUUUUGUGGCACUGCAGGAGGCCACAAACAACUUUGAUGAGAGCUGGGUUAUUGGAGUUGGUGGUUUUGGGAAGGUAUACAAGGGAGUUCUGAAAGAUGGAACAAAUGUGGCAGUGAAGAGGGGUAAUCACCUGUCCCAACAGGGCCUUACAGAGUUCCAGACAGAAAUUGAAAUGUUAUCUCAGUUCCGCCAUCGUCAUCUGGUCUCACUGAUUGGUUACUGUGAUGAGCGGAAAGAAAUGAUCCUAGUUUAUGAGUACAUGGAAAAUGGAACCCUCAAGAAUCAUUUGUAUGGCUCAAAUCUUCCCAGCUUGAGUUGGAAACAGAGGCUUGAGAUAUGCAUUGGAUCAGCCAGAGGACUUCACUACCUUCACACUAGUUCUUCAAAGGCGAUUAUCCACCGUGAUGUUAAGUCUGCCAACAUCUUACUUGAUGAGAAUCUCAUGGCGAAGGUUGCUGAUUUUGGGCUUUCCAAGACAGGGCCUGAGCUUGAUCAGACCCAUGUCAGCACUGCAGUUAAAGGGAGUUUUGGUUAUCUUGAUCCAGAGUAUUUCAGAAGACAACAACUGACCGAUAAGUCGGAUGUCUACUCAUUUGGGGUGGUUUUGUUCGAAGUCCUUUGUGCAAGACCUGUUAUUGAUCCCUCCCUUCAAAGAGAGAGGGUGAAUUUGGCUGAAUGGGCUAUGCAUUGGCAAAAGAGAGGACAGUUAGAGCAAAUCAUUGAUCCUAAUCUUGCCGGUAAAAUUAGGCCUGAUUCUUUAAGGAAAUUCGCAGAGACAGCUGAGAAAUGUCUGGCCGAGUAUGGGGUUGACCGCCCCACAAUGGGGGAUGUGUUAUGGAACCUAGAAUAUGCACUUCUACUACAGGAGGCAGCUGCUCAGAAUGAAUUCGACGAGAACAGUACUAAUCAGAUAGGUGACCUCUCCCCAAUGGUGAACAAUUUCAGCCUUGAAGAGAGUACUACUGUUGAGCAUUUUGAGUCAUCCCAUGUGGAUGAUAUUUCAGGGGUUUCAAUGAGUAAGGUGUUCUCCCAGCUGGUGAAUGCUGAAGGAAGAUAGAUUGAAGGCAAAGAGAUUUUAUGGAGUUAAAUUGUAUCAAAUGAUCAACCUUUCCCCCCCCCCCCCUCCCCCCAAAAAAAUGCAUGAGUGGUUCUAUCUUGUACAGGAGGGGGGAGGUUGUUUCAUAAGAGGGCCCCCUGAUGCAGAUGAAGCUUCCUUGGUUGGUCUCAGUGGUAAAGCGUUUUGUUGCAAACAAAUUAUUAUCAUUGAACUAGAUUGGUUUGCAGAGAUGAAUCACAUACCAUUGAGUAUCAUUCUUCUUUAUAUUUUGUGAAUUUUGGCAUAUUUGCUCAAUGAUUUGAUAACUCUGUUUGAUUAUUUGAUGUUGUACAGUACAGUGAGUUUUACCUUCUCUUA